AGCAUGUAUAUGUGUGUGCUUGUUUGUGUGUGAUUGUAAUUGUGUCCUGUCAUGUCCAUCCAUUUGUGUGUGUAUCAUCUCACCCAGGUUUCCACAACAUCCUGGCUCAACUGCAGUCAACUACCAACCCCACCCCCACCACACCCCCUAUCUGCCCCUCUAUGUCUGAUGACAUCGAACCCAUCUUAGAUCUGCCCCUUGACCCUCCCCCAUAUUGCCCCUCCUGGGGACUAGAGCGGUACAAUGAGGACGAGUCUGUCAGAAUCACCCCAACCAGACCCUGCGACCUGCCCCUGUCCAAACCUGUAAACCAGCAUCACACACUCUCUGAAACAACUGCCGAAAUACACACAUACAUACUCUCCCCUGAUUCUCAGCUCCCUUCUGACAACCCCAAACUCACAACACAACUCUCAGCUGUCACAUGUGACCCUGACUCACACCUUACCCCUGAGUUUUCUCCCCUAGACCAUGAUGAACCUCCUCUAAACCCCUCGGUUUGCUCUGUACCACUCCAGUCUGUCCAAAAAACAGACCCACCCACGAUCAGGAUCGAACAGGACCACCUUAUACAGGGGAACCAGGGGUCUCAACAAAAGGAACAGAGAGAAGAAAAUGAGGAGAAAAAGUCCCAACAGAAAACGUCUCCUCCGGUGGAACAGACAGACCUAACACACAAGGAAAAAGAAGAGCGUCUCUCAUCAUCAUUACUACCAUCCCCAUUAAAAGAACUAAACGUUAACAUGAGGGGACAGGAGAGAGUGAUUCUGAAAGAGGUCAAAGAUCAUGAUGAGUCCCCUUUGCGACCCUGGGCAGAGGUCCUGAGGGAGUCUGGCUCAGGAGGAGAGGAGGAGGAGGAGGAGGAGGAAGUCGAGAAAAGACAGGAGCAACCAGAGGUGUCAGGAGGCCACAUCGGAGAGAGGGAGAGGGAAGUGAAUGAGGAGAUGACUAAGGAGAAAGUGAGAGAGGUAGUGAGAGGUGUUGAACAAAUUGAGUCUGAGUUGUGCUUGCUCUCCACAGGCUGGCUCACUGAGACAUCAAACACAGAGCCGCCCGCUUCAGGGCGGAGUCACGGGUCAGACUACAUGGACCGACAGGACAACAGUCAAGAGAACUCCAGUGACUCCAUGACAUCAUCAGCCAAAUUGGAUUCAGGAAAACCUCGCCAAAAUGGCGAGCACUCCGAUACUAUGCCCCGCAGCUCAGCGUCUCAGGAAUCAGCCAAUGGUGUGAAGCCAGGUGCGGGCAAGCAAGAAGGAGCUCUGAUCGCUGAGCACAAAGUCCAGCGGUUAUCAUCAGAGACCGGCCUGGACGAAGAGCGUACUGUCACCACCAAAGUGUUUCGUAGACGUCUCAUUCUCAAGGGAGAGGAGGCACGCAACAUUCCUGGCGAGUCAGUUUCAGAGGAACAGUUUAUUGAUGAAGAUGGAAACAUCAUCACCAGAAAAGUCAUUCGAAAGGUGAUUUGUCGUGUGGACACUCCCACUCCUGAAAACCAGGGCUUGGGGUCACAGGGAGACCCUGCCACCCUGGGGAAGAGCCAUGUGCCCCUGGUCUCUGAUAUCCAAAGCCAUCUCGCAACACAUGCUGAGGGAGACGUUUCCAAGGUGAGGAAGAAGGAAGAAAAGCGUUCAGAAAGAAAAGAUUAUUCAUAAAUGUGGCUUCGCGACUAUAGACAGGUUUGCAGUUAUAUUUUCGAUCCGUUUCCUGAGCAGUGGGACCACAAGUGCUGAAAAGAGACAUUUGGCCUGAAAAGACAUCUACAGCUUCCACUCUGAAACGCAUGGUCUUCAAAGAGACAGAACUUUUUGACCUAUCCGCUUGCGCAUGAGCAUGCAUCACACUGCUGACACACUUCCUGUUCCAAGGGGGUCUUGAUGAAUUCUACUUCCUGAAAUGGGUCCCGGUGAAUUCUGCUUCCUCUCUGUGUUGGGUCCUAUGUAAUUCUACUUACUCUUUCUGGGGGACCUGCGAGAUUACACUUCAUUCUUCUUGAUGGUUAAUACCUGCGCUGAUCUGGACCAUCAGGAAUUCAGAAACUGUUUUGUGUGCCAUGAAUAUCAGAUGAAUAAAUGCAAGGGGUAUAUUCAAAAGACCUCUUAAACUCCAAACCGUAUACUCACACAAAUUUCCCUGUGACCAAAGAUGGCACAAAAGCUCUUUUUCGUGUUUUAGAGGGAAAAAAAACAAUAGAUGCUGUUGAACCACACCUUAUAUUCGCCUUACACGUUACCGUGGACCCAUGACGUCAGGAGGAGGAUCCCUGUGUUUUACUUUUCUUAAUUUAUAAAACUAAAAUAAAUUAUGUGGUGGACUUUUCUGUACAUAAAUCACAAUAUGUAAAAAAUGAAAUAACAUUUAGUAGUUAGGUUUAGCGAGAGCACCGCAAACAUACACUUUACAAGUGCUUUUGACAUUUUAAAGAUAGUGAAACUUUACAUGCUCUUGUAUAAUUAAUUACUAUAGCAGGUAUGUUUGUAUAUGAGAAAAGUUGGUUCGGUUUUCAGGGGACGUUUCCUUAAAAUCCUCUGCGAAUUUCAACAAUUCCCAAAAUGGGAAUUUAUAGAAGUCAUACAGAGGACUAAUAUUUUGAUGCAUGCAGUUCACCUUAUUUUAAGAACCUUUUUUCUAAGUUUGCAAAACUGUAUUUAAAGAGACGAAUAAGAAAAUACUUUUUCUUGUGUACACAUACAACUCUAACAUGUCUCAACUUUUAUAUUCCAAAAUGUCACCCUACAAGUAUCCAUCGUGUAGAAACGGUUAAGUGUGACAAGCUCUAACCAGACUGCUUCCUUAGGAAGGUUCAGUGUAGUGUCCGUUAUCUUUCAUAUGGAAGACAUCGUCUGCUGAUGUUAGCCUGAGCGCUGCAAGUAAGAGGUGUUCAGAAUGUACAUGCUAGUAAAUCAGCAUUUCUGUUCAACUAUCACUGUGUCAUGUGUAUUGGCUGUACAAUGUAGAGGUCUCUCUUUGUCUUAAGGCUGUUUGUAUUCAUUAUAGGAAUGUCUUCAUUUUUUCUUUCUUUUUGAUUGCUGAGGUUUUAAAAUAAAAUGUUGGCAUUUUGUUUCAGGUUAAGUGAACAUUUAACAUUUUCGUCUGGAGUCACACUUACUUGUAUGGGAUGUCUUUAGACCUUUAUUACUUGUAGAUUUAAUAUCUUAUGUAUUACAAAUGACACACACUGAAUGGUCAUUAUAAUUUUAAGUAUUACAAGAAAUUGUUUCCAGUUUCAGAAUUGUGUGAUAUAUUUUAGACCAGCGAGUCAGUGUGUUGCAGUGUUCUGCAUCGGUUUUGAUAAUGUAGAAUUUUUCUUUAGCGAUUACUUUCUGUUUGUUCGUUUGUUUGUUUUGUUUUCCUCCAAUAGAGUCUUUUUAGCUUAUGGUGUGUAUGGUGUGAAAAAUCCUUUAGUGUGCUGAAUUUUGCUAUUGCAAUGAGAUCUGAAAGACCUAGGAAACUAGGUCGUGAUGGGGUGUGGUUCUGCUUCCCUGUUACAUGUCAAUCAAACUGUGGGAGGGGCCUGACACGGUCCAAUUGGUUGAUUUUGUUUAAUAUAAUAUGUUUUCACCUGAGCAACAUUUUUGAUGUACAAUUCUUACAAUGAGUGAAGCCAUUUAAAUGUAACUAUAAUAGCACUUUGGUUAUUGGAGGUCUUCUCUUUUAGAAACUAGCAGCUAUGAUGCCACCAUAAUGUUUCAAAUGUCUUACAAAAAUCUGAUUAAAAAAUAAAAU